AGGUUUGCUAUGUCAAAUGUCCUCUAUGGGGGCAAAAUAUUAAUAUCAGAAAAUGGAAGUCCUAAAAUGGACAAGAAGAUAAAAGGCGAUCAUCACCCUGAGACAGAAAACCUUCUGGAGGAUCAAGAAGAAAAAGCUGAAAUAUCAGCAGAAUAUGCUGAGGAACAUCAAGAGGAUGACGAAGAUGGAGACGAUGAUGAGGAAGCUACUGAAGAAGAAGAGUUUCUGUGCCCCGUUUGCCAGGGAGGAGAGGAAGAAUUAGACUCAUUUGCCAAGCUAGCUGAAUGUGAACAUGUGUUUUGUGAACCCUGCAUUACUGAGUGGUCUAAGAACGCAGACACAUGUCCUAUUUGUAGAAACAGGUUCGAUCACCUGUGUACGUGCGACACAUUGCGAGGCGACUACUCCACCAAGGUCAAGAUACAGUACAAGUCCAAAGACAGUGUAACUGUGGAAGUAGAGCAUUAUGUUUGCCAGAUUUGCCACAGUGGUCAAAAUGAAGAGUUAUUACUGCUGUGUGACGGGUGUGACGAGGCAUAUCACACACACUGCUUGAGACCCCAACUUGACAACAUACCUGACGGUGACUGGUUCUGCGUACAGUGCAGUGGAGGCGGAGAAGAAGACGAGGAAGGACUAGACAUCAACCCUGGCUCAGGUUCGAUACAGUUCCGACUCCCAUCCACAACGAGGCGUCUAGCGAUGGAGGAGUUGCUGAGACGCACACGGCGCACCUCAGAUCGUCGCACUUCACGCGCAGAGCGCCGUAGAUCCAGCUCCAUAUCCCAAGCUGUUCAACUCAUCUCAAGUAUCACGGGCAGGGCCCGCACUGCUAAGGGUGCUAAAUUAGCGCGGAUAGCAACUAGAACUGUUGGUAUUCAUACUCUUAGGGGACUGAGGAACAAACGAAACAAACGUUCCAAAAGACGAGCUGCAAACUCUGCGGCCUGGAGUCCACCACGUAAAUCUAGUCCAGAACGUUUGGAAGCCUGGAACCAACGAGAUACAAGACCAUCAGAUCUGACCAGUAGUGAGGUGGCUGGAUUCUCUACCGCUGCAAUACGGGCCCACAAAGCACCGAAGGCGGAGUCUGUUCUGGGUGCUCAUCGUUACUUUGAAGAGGCUCAACCCGGACCUUCCACUCAAAGGGACAGUGCAGUGAACCCCACUCCUGUAAACGUACUUGAUCUCAUCACUGCUGACAUCAUUAACGCUACUUCUAAAACUGCCACCGUAGAUAAAAAGGGAGACAUCGUUUACAAGACCCGAGACGAAGUACUGAAAGAGAAAGAUACAAAAAAUGCACCCAAACAAUCAGUCGAUCAAGAAUGUCCCGUCCGUCAACGUAAAGUGAGAAUAGAUUCGAGUAAAUGUUCUCCAUCUAAAUCCGAAGAAAAGAAGUCGUCCAAAAGAAAACGAGAUUCAACCUCUGAAAAGCGUCCAAAAGUUGAAGAAAAGCUUGAUAAAUCAUCGGAGAAGCGUGAUAAAUCAUCAGAAAAGUCUAAAUCUGGAGGUGGAAAGCGCAAGUCUAGUAAAAAGGAGUCGCGCAGCAGAAGUAGAUCUUACAGCUCCUCCCCUCGACGUAGAAGAUCGAGCAAAUCUGUUAAGUCUCCUCCUAAAACUAAAAAAGAGGCGAACGACAGCAUUGUUUCCGAGAACAGUAGUGAGGUGCCCGCUGUAAAAGAUUCUGCAGGGAAGGAGGAUGUUGUAAAAGCGUCUGACUCUCAGGAGAGAAAGGAAAUAUCAGAGAAUGAAAAGAAGAGUGCGAAAUUACCCAAAACUGAAUGUUCGGAUAAAGAAACAUCAUCUUCAAAGAAGAAAUCUUCGUCGGACGAUAAACGUAAGACUGGUAGUUUCAGUGAUAAUAAAGAUGAUGGGAAAGAAGAGACGUCAAGCACGGCUCCUGAGGGAACGAAAAACGUUAGAAAGAGUAAGCAUGCUAAAUCAUUCGAAAGUACACAUGUAAAGACCGAUAAGAGGUCCGACGAAAAGUCCGACAAGGCAUCUUCAAACAAGUCGAAAUCGUCACGAAAUAAUAAAUUGGGAAAAGAAAAUGAAAACGAAAAUACGAGUGUUGAAAAAGAAGCGAAGAAAAGGAAAAAAGAAAAAGGUCCGAAAGAAGAAAAAGAAACUAAAAUCGAAAGAUAGGGUUAGUUCUAAGGAGAAGAAAUCGCUCAAGAAACCAAAAUCGAGGUCCAAAUCUAGUUCCAGAUCUCGAGUACGCUCCUUAUCUAGAUCAAGAUCUAGAGUACGCUCUUUAUCUAGGUCUAGAUCUCGGGUUCAUUCCGUAUCUAGAUCUAGAUCAAGGUCAAAUUCUCUGCACAUCAUAGAAAAUCUCCGCGACAAAUACAGUGAUAAGCCUGACCAAGAGGACAACAGCUCGCAAUCACACAAACAUCGCAGCUCUUCUCAUGCUAAACAUUCUCGAGCAGGAAGGAAUGACUCAGGAGGAAGAGAUUCAGAUAAACGGAGCACGAAAGGAAGAAAACGGAAAACUUCAAUGAAGCUAGAUGAAUUUGGCCGAGACAAGACUCUAAGAAAAGCUGAGUCUGAAAGUAAGAAAAGCUCUUCGCCUCAUCAUUCGUUAGAAAUCCUUAAGGGCACAAUCAGACUCAAUGAAAUUCCUAGUCCGCCCUCCUCUCUCCAAAAACUGGAACAGAAGACCAACAGUACCAGUAUUUCAGAUAACUUCACGGGAGCGUUAGGAUCUCUUGAUGAUGUGUAUUCGCCUGGUGACGAAUCACCAUUAGACGAUGUUUGGCCGACGAAGAGUAAAGCCACUGAAACUGAAGAGGCAUCCACUAUGCCUAACUUGUCCCAGGUACAGCUGCCCUCACUGACAUCUAUCGUUGAGAAAUUAGCAGCACCUGGAUUCUCGAACACCAUGAAGAAUAUCGCGAAGGAGCGUGGUUCUGAGACUGGUGACUCGGACGACAUGAUCAUCGACUCAGGCGAUGGAGAUGAUACUGAGUGUUCACCCUCAUCGCCCCAGAUAAACACUGUCUCCGACCUCGUUAUAAAGAUGAAGCGAGCUGAGGAAAUGAACAAUAUAAAGACACCUUCUCCAAAAACUCCGGAAUUUCUCAUCAAGGAAACUUCACCAGGAUUUGCGGAGCCCAGUGCGGGGCCCAUCACUUCACCACCUGCAGCUUCCCCUGGUCUUUCCACCCCGGAAUACUUGAUGACUCCUCCUGAACUUCAAGAGGAAAGGCGACGGGAUCGGGUCCGAAAACAAACUGAAAUCGAGAAGAGAAGCAGAGAAGAGAAGCACCCGGUUCCUGAUAGGAAAAAACGCUCCUCAGAUACAGAUAAGCGAAGGCGACCUUCAGAUUCCAACAGAAAAUCUCGAGACAGUCGGACAUCCUCCAGAACUGAAGAGCGAAAGAAAAGUGAAACUGGAGGUAAAAAAGCGUCUAGUAGAGAAACCAGGAAACAUUCUGAGUCAAAGAGGACCUCACAGGACGUUGACAAGAAAAGGAAGCUCUCUGAAGGAGGCGAAGGAGAGAAUAAGAAACUAGUGAUACCUCUCUUGGACGCUUCUCCGCCACCACCCCCUCCCCCUCCCCCUCGUGGAUCUCUAGUUAUACAGGAUCACGGAGAGGCAGCCACCUCCACUGAAUCUAGCAGGACUGUAACUGCCUCUACUGUACCUGACUCUGCGGGUAGAAGCCCCCUGGCUAACGGCAAGAGCUGCUCAGCUCCUUUAGUAUAUGUUAACAAUAACUCCCAACCUACCUCCAUACUCUCAAAUUUAGCAACUCUCGAUUUUAGCAAUGGAUCAAUGGUGAGAAAGCGCUCCAGAUUGGACCCUCCUGCCCCGUCCACCAUGUCAGUAACUGAUAUAAUGGGUUCUCCAUCCAUCAUGCUCACUGCACUGAAUGACUCCUAUGCACUAGAACAGUUCAAUGAUGCGUGGUCCAGGGAGGCGCAGUCUCCCACCUCUUACACUCCAGGAGAAGAUGAAAGUGAGACAAAACCGGACAACCCUGACAAUCAGCAUAGCACUCCUGACAAUCAUCGAGCAACUCCGGACAACCGUACUCCUAUAGAUCCUAGAGGUACUACUGCUAGAGAGACUCGAAUGAACACAGCCAGCAACCCUCUAAAGAUGAUAAUGGAGAGCAUUGAAGGGAGCUACUGGACACGAUAGGUAGUGAGGAUAUGGACAUUGAGGAGGACGAUGUUCCACCACCACCUCCUCCAGCAACUCAGCAACCCUCCCACCUCUCUCCUAGCACCACUCCUCUCUUACCACCCCCUGCCUCCACAACUACUAAUACUAAGAUAAAACCUAAAGUGAAAGGUUCAGGAGAGAAAGAUAAGAGUGAUAAAGAUAAGAGUGACGGAAAGCCUGGUAAACAUGGCACCAAUGGAAACGUACAGCAAGAGAUAGCAAAUAUCGUCAAACUUGCUCUAAAAGUUCCUUACAAAAAGAAGAAAAUUACUAAAGAGGAAUACAAGAACAUCAUGAAGCAAGUUGUCAGCAAGGUGUACGAAAGUCGGCAUGUGAAACGGGGGGACCCUCUCAGACCUGAUAAGAUUACAGAAAUGGUGGCAUUGUACAUCAAGCAGUCCAAACACCACAAAGCAAAAGCAAAAGUGACAAAAACUGUCGAACAAGCUGCCCUCUGAAACGAGCUGGAUCGACCACUCAGUAAAUAGUUUCAAAUUGUGAGAAGUCACGUGACUUGGUUGUGACUGGGAUUCUUGUUUGAAUAUAAGUUGUCGGGUCCGAAAACCAUGGUAACAGUAAAACGGUUAACUACCAUUUUUAGAGAAAAUCCCACUUUAAAAUCGUCCCACAUGUUUAAUUGUUUAUUAGAGUAAUUUCAUCAGGACCAAACUUAAACUACUGUUUUGACCGAGUAUUUAGUAUUUCCUGUUCACAUUAUCUCGUAAGAGUAGUUUCUAUUAGGGACUACUCAUGCUCGACUCCAUUCGGAAAACGAUCUAAAAAUUCAGAUCUAUUUUAUCGCACUGUCAGUUUCCCCGGUAACCAUGGUAACAGUAAUAAAGCAGUCAGCGUUAAUUAUUGUGUGUUUACCUGGAUUAAAGCAGUCUAAUGUUCAUUUAUUUAAUCACCCGUUAAUUAACUAUCUCUAAAACUUGUCUCUAAUUAACCUUAAAACUGAAGGACAUCAGAUGUUUUUAUAAUAAUUUAUUGAAAAUCCCGCUGUAAUAACUGGUAUGUUUUACUAAA